UUUUAAUGUGCGAGCCUCCCACCCCAAUCCCGAGGGAGGGGUUGAAGUGUACGUGAUUUAAGUGGCCGCAUCAGGACCCCGCACUUGUGGUCUAUCCGAAGCUUCGCGUGAGCAUCCUCCAGCAGGAAUGUCCUCCAGCUCCGACCCGAACGGCUCCGCGUCCAGCCGAAGCCCCCCGGCUAACCAGUUCGUGCAGCCGGCGUGGCGAGUGGCUCUGUGGGCCCUGGCUUACUGCGCCGUCCUCGGCGUGGCUCUGCUGGGCAACGCGGUGGUCAUCUGGAUCAUCUUGGCGCACAAGCGGAUGAGGACCGUCACCAACUGUUUCCUGCUCAACUUGGCGGUGUGCGACGCGUCCACGGCCGCGUUCAACACGCUCGUCAACUUCAUCUACGCAGCCCACGGAGAGUGGUACUUCGGGGCGCUCUAUUGCACGUUCCACAACUUGUUCCCGGUCACGGCGGUGUUCGCCAGCAUUUACACCAUGACCGCCAUUGCUCUUGACAGGUACAUGGCCAUCAUCCAUCCUCUAAAGCCUCGCCUGUCCGCCAAAGCCACACUGGCUGUGAUCGCGACCAUCUGGAGUCUGGCCGUCAUCUUGGCCUUCCCCCUCGGGUACUUUUCCACAAUUCGAGCCUUGCCCCGCAGGACGCUGUGCUACGUAGCCUGGCCCCGCAUGGCAGACGAUCCCUUCAUGUAUCACAUCAUCGUGACUGUCCUGGUCUAUGUGGUGCCCUUACUGGUGAUGGCCAUCACUUACUCCAUCAUCGGUGUAACCCUUUGGGGAGGUGAAAUCCCAGGAGACACAUCGGAUAACUAUCAUGGACAGCUGCGGGCAAAAAGGAAGAUCGUGAAGAUGAUGAUGGUUGUGGUGGUGACCUUCGCCCUCUGCUGGCUGCCUUAUCACGUCUACUUCAUGGUGACGGGCCUCAACAAAGGUCUGAGUAAGUGGAAGUCCAUCCAGCAGAUCUACUUGGCAGUGCUGUGGCUGGCCAUGCACAUUCGGAAGCUUACUGAAGCCGGGAAAAGAAAUGGAUUGGGGUGUGGAUCUUGGAUCAGGUUUCGAGCCGGCUUCAAGCGUGUUUUCCGCUGGUGUCCAUUCAUCCGGGUGACCAGCUACGACGAGCUGGAGCUCCAGAACAGACGGCGCCGCCCGGGCCGCCAAAGCAGCAUGUGCACUCUAUCACACGUGGACACCAGCAUCCUGAGCAAGGACAAGAGUGUGUGCUCACAUGGAAAUACACGUAGGUCCAAGUCUAAAACGCAGGCUGAUCACAAAGGAGGUUAGGGUUAUGGUACGCUACAGUCUGUCACUUGUCAAACUUUUUGGGUCCAGAGGAGAAAUAUUUCCCCAAAUCCCUGUCAUAAUCCUAACGCCAACUACCUAAAUGCCGUGGGACUAAAAAAAAAAUUUGCUCAUUUUCAAGAAAGUGAUUCUACAAUAACGAGUUUAUCUUUUUUGAGGGGGAAAAGUUGCAAUGUUUUGAGAAGAAAGUUGACUUUAUUUCAAGACAAAAAGUUGUAAUCACAACG